AUGGAUCCUAAGUCAUGGGCCAGCAGCAUGAACGUCACCCUCACGGUCUUGAAGAAAACAGUGCAGAAAAGUCCUCCAACAAUGCAAGUCUGUAGCAAUGGCAGCGAGGCAGCCGAGAUCAUGAAUAGAAACAGUCGAUAUUCUAGCAGGAACAGCGAUGCUUUCAGUGGUACCACUCUGAAAUGGGUUUGGUUCGGAGGGUCUGUCCCCAACGGUGCUGUGUCCAUCUGGAAUAAAUAUGCCAAGAGGACGGAAUACAUUUGCCAGGAAUCAGGCUGCUCACCCGGUUUCUACAGCCCAAACCGUGGCUCGUACUGUUUAUAUACUUAUGGCGGCAAGGAACAUAAGAAUUCUAAUUUCUGGCUUUUGGUAAAUGAAAAUAGCUUUGAAUCCCUGAAGUGGCAAAAGGAUUCCUGGGGUGGUAUUCCAUCCAAUUCUAUAAAGAGCUCUUGCCCAGGAUACCGAGCCUAUGUAGGGAAAAAUAAAUACGGCGUUGGGAAGGUAGACCCCCAUAAUAAAGCAUUCUUCAUAGGGAUCAAUGGUAAGGAAUAUUGGUAUAAACAUUACGAAGCGCUGGUGGUUUAUAAAGAUUAUCUCUCACAGCGCAUCAACAAUGUCCAUUACAUGAAGGAAAGGGGGUCAUACAACAAUCAGGCCUUUACCUUAGUCUCCACGAGGAUCACCAACAAGAACUGUAAUACAGUGAAGAAGAUCACCUCCUUAUCCAAAACGGUAACUAAUGAACGCCGCUGGGAUUUUAGCACUUCCCUCUCAAUAGGUGUGAGCACUAGCAUGAGCGCAGGGAUCUUUUCGAUACUGGAGGUGGGAUGGAGCGUAACUAUGGAGAAAACAUUCAGUUGGAGUGCGGGUUCUACAAUGAGCGAGUCAGUCACAUUUUCAGAAACGGUAGAGGUCGAUGUUCCCCCUAACCACACGUGUGAAGUGACCAUGGAAGGCCAAAAAAUGAACGGGAACAUUCCCUUCACUGCAACGGCGACUCGUGAAUAUCGCAAUGGGGAGAGACGAAGCGCCACAGUCCAGGGAGUCAGUAAAAAUAGUAUUGUGGCACACGUGGAUACCUACGUAAAGCGGUGCCAACCCAUCCCAAAUGCAACUCCGUGUAAGAUCCACCCAGCCACCCCUCCCUGCCUGACUGGGCAGGGCUCCGGCUGCCUGCAGCCCGCGGAGUCGUCACUCCCCUCCAUCAGUGCAGACACAGGCACCCACUCACCCAGCAUGUCAGAGAGCCCCAGCCAACAGGAAGCCCCUGCAGAGGGACAAGCCCCGGGCGCUCCCGUGGAGGAAGCCCCCUGCGCCGAGCUAAAAGCCGCUGCAGAGAAAUGCGUUAAAGAGAACGGGGAAGAGGCCUGCAAGGAGCUAUUGGAAGCAUAUCACUCAUGUCUGCGGGCACUGGGCAUCAACCCCCGAGAGGUAGCAAACAGCGCCACGCCGCCGAGUCGCUAA